UAAUGUGACCGUUAGAGCACUGUCGCUACAUAUGUCGGGAGUCUGAGAUUUUAUCGGAGGGAGCUUCGGAAACUGUAGGAUUUCUGGAAAGGGGAAAAAUGGUGGAGAUGGAUGUCUGUGCUCCUUGUGCUUCGGACUAUGAACUUUCCAGAGAGGAGAGAAUCAGGGAGAAUCGGGAGAGAAUGCGGAAGCUUGGGAUUUUUAAUCUUUCUGAUAAAGUCAAGUCUCUCAAGCCUGCUAUGAAUGGAGCCUCUCGUCGGAGAGUUUCUAAGAGAGGGGAUCGUUCUCCUCUUCCUCAGCCAGGAUCCGUCCGUCGCUCUUCCAGGCUUCAGAACUCGACGCCAGUUAGUUACUGUGAAAAUGUAGCGAACAAAGAGAUUUCCAUCAAUGAUCAUCUUCUUAGAGAGAAUGGUUCAAAACCUGAAGUUUACACUGAGGAACAUGAAAAAUUGCUCGGGAGCACUGAAAGGAUUUGGACAUUUUUUGUUGAUGGUUAUGGAAAAGAUGGGAAGAGAAUUUAUGAUCCUGUUAAGGGGAAGACUUGUCAUCAGUGCAGGCAAAAAACUCUUGGUCAUCGUACAACCUGUAGCCAAUGUAACAUGGUUCAAGGACAGUUUUGUGGAGAUUGUCUUUAUAUGAGAUAUGGAGAGAAUGUGCUUGAAGCAAAUGAAAAUCCUAACUGGAUUUGCCCGGUUUGCCGUGGAAUUUGCAACUGCAGUUUGUGUCGACAAGCAAAAGGAUGGGCUCCCACAGGAACCCUUUACAGGAAGAUUUCAAGUCUCGGCUACAAAUCAGUGGCACAUUACCUCAUCCAAACACGGCGCGCAAGUGCAGAUUCAGGUGGCACUAAACUCCCAAUCCAUUCUAGGAGAUCGCUACCAUUUUCAGACAUGGAAUCGACAAUGGACGAGGACGACCUGUUCAAAGCCAGUGACAAUCUAUCUGCAAACAACAAUGAAGGCAAUGACAACACCACUCCAGAAAUGGAUCAAGUUGAACAUCCAGUGAACCCAAAACCCGAACAGAGAGAACCCGAACAUGAAUUGGAAAAGGAAGCUAGCAAUGCUUCAUCGGAGCCACUGAACAAUCAAAUCCAUCCUGUUUCAAAUAAUGUUAUUGUGGCGGAAACAAGCCCGAAAUCUAACAAGAAGCGUGUACACUCGCAACCAUCGCUUGAUAGUAUUGCUGGAAGGUUGAGGCAGAGGCGUAGUAACCUGAAAGUAGUCGAAGAGCUGAAGCUGGGAAAUUCAAAGAAAUGCCCGAGAAAGGUGAAAGGUGAGUCAGACAUGGCAGCGGAUGCAAACAGCAUUGCUAGCAGAUUGAAAAGGCGCCGGGAGGGAUCUUAGCAUCGUCGAAGAUUAUGUUGGAUUUGCUCAUCCUUUUGAAUAUGCUGCAAGAAUGGCAUGUAAGUUGUGUUUGUUCUAAAGUUCAGACAGCACUCUUUUUGUUUUUGUUUUGUACGUUUUGUUAUGUUAAGGUUUCUCGACAUUCGGCACAUCCUGUGAAUUUUGUCAUGUAAGUAAAAAAAUGCACGCUAGCUGAAUGGCGGGAACAAGAAGAAAUGAAGU